AUGAGCAGACUAGAAGUUGUAAAGACAAUCACUAGGAUUAAGGAACAAGCACAACAAACAAAUGAUAAGCCAGCCCAGAUUAUGCAAACAGCGAUCGCUAACAGCUCUCAAUACAUAUAUCUAUAUCUUCCAUCAACCAAUACUCUUAGGCAAACUAUUCAAAGGAUUUGCUAUCUCAACCUUCUCACAGAACCAGGAUCUUUAGAGAGUCUUAUUAUCCCUGAGUAUCUAAGAAAAACUUUAGAUAGAGCAGACUUCUUAAUUAAUGAUACUACUAUUGGUCAUAAUAAAAUGCUUAUUUUUAUGACUCCUAAUAAUAUUCGUUAUCUAAAUCAAUCCCU